AGAGGAUUUUUAUUGUAUCUCGUUUACUUACGAUUAGAAAUAAUAAUUUGAAAUAGUAAUUGCACAACUGUGAGCAAUUCCGCUUUUCCCCCCACUCCACGCUAGCUACUACAUUUCCUUCCGAGAAUUCCUCUGACGUAGGAUUGUAUAACGGUUGUCUUCUUGCUUCGACGCGGUAGGUUAGUCAUUAUUUCGAGGUAUUUUCUUCCCGUAUGAAUCGAUUUUCCUUCAUAUUUGUGAUUUACGUGCCAAAGCGAUUCAAUGGAAGUAACGCAGUAGACCCUCCAAAAGUGAUUUACGCGUAGUAUAAAUGUAUAUUGAAGAAAUUUACUUUGCUAGAGAGUGUUUAAUAACAUCAUUGAGAGAAACGUGACGGUUAAUCGUUGGGCGUUACCAAACAUAGCUGCGUUUUUCUCCAAAGGAAGGGGACUUUAGUGGAAAGACCGACUCGUCUCCCUUUCUGCCUCUUAUCAGGAUUAUUCUGACAAGUAUCAUCCGCUGAACCGACCGCUUGAAUCGAGGAAAGUCGGACAAAAAGAAACAGAACAAGAUGAGCUACGGAUAUCAAGGACCACCAGUGAUCCAGUUUCCAGGACGUGGACCACCGCCGACGUCGUUUGGGGCUCCACCUGGUACACCCUCUGCCCCCGGUGCUCCGCCAUAUUCGCAAACCACUAACAUAGGCUUUCCAAACGCAGCUCCAAUUUCAUUUGGCAUGCCUCAACCCUAUUCUCCAUACGCUUCUUCACCUUAUCCAGUGCAACCAAGUCAUUCGAGUCCGGCUAAUGUAUCAAGCGCUAUGAGUUCCUCUCAGUUCCCGCAACAGAUGCCCUAUCCUUCUUCUCAGCACCAACAAAUGCCCUAUCCUUCUUCUCAGCACCAACAAAUGCCCUAUCCUCCUCAGCAGCAACCGAAUGUAUAUCCUUCUCAGGCAACGUCUUAUCCGCCGUCUUCUUCUAUGCCCGAAUCUUCUUCUUAUCGGCAACAACAACGAAAUUCUGUUUACCCUAAUCUUCCGCGUGAACAAAAUGCACAUUGCUUCGGAGAUAGAAAUUCGUCUUCUUUGUCGAAUCCUAAUAUGCCAUUGUCAUCUAAUUCAGCACCAUACCCUGGUGGCAGCUAUCACGGGGGGCAGGGGUUAGGAAAUUCAUACUCCCCUUAUGGCGCUAAUUCGCAUUUGGCUUCCGGUCGUGUUGCCCCAGCCCCCCGGAGCUGCAAUGCGAGUAAGUUGUCACCCACGGUGGUACCUUAUAAUGGCUUUGACGCCAGAGCUGACGCGGAAGUUAUAAGAAAGGCUAUGAAAGGAUUUGGUACGGAUGAAAAGGCCAUUAUCAAUGUUCUUGCCAAUCGAAGUAACUUGCAGCGACAAGAAAUUGCAUCUCAAUUUAAAACGCUUUAUGGAAAAGAUAUGAUAAAGGAUUUGAAAUCGGAAUUGUCUGGAAACUUUGAGAAAUUAAUUCUUGCUAUGAUGAUGCCACUACCGCAAUUCUAUGCCAAAGAACUACACGAUGCCAUGUCUGGUAUCGGUACGGACGAAUGCGUGCUUAUUGAAAUAUUAUGUACAAUGUCGAAUCAUGAAAUACGUGUUAUCAAAGAAGCUUACGAAGCUAUGUACUGUAGAAAUUUAGAAGAUGAUUUAAGAUCGGAUACGUCUGGAAAUUUCAAACGUUUAAUGGUCUCAUUGUGCUGUGCCAAUAGAGAUGAAUCAUUCGACGUAGACCCAGCUAGUGCAAUGGAAGAUGCAAAAGUUCUUCUACAAGCUGGCGAACUCCGAUUUGGAACUGACGAAUCGAUGUUUAACGCGAUCCUCGUUCAGAGAAAUGUACCACAACUGAAACAAAUUUUCCGAGAGUAUGAAGGUAUAACUGGUCAUACUAUAGAAACUGCUAUAGAAAAUGAAUUUUCAGGGGACAUUAAAAAAGGUCUCCUUGCUAUUGUAAAAUGUGUGAACAACAGAGCUGCCUUUUUUGCCGAACAACUGUACAAAAGUAUGAAAGGAUUGGGAACGGACGACACUCGUCUCAUCAGAUUGGUCGUCACGCGUUCCGAGGUUGACAUGGGAGAAAUAAAAGAAGCCUUUAAGGAAGAGUAUAAUGAAUCACUAGAGGAUUUCAUAUCCGGUGAUUGUUCUGGACAUUACAAGAAAUGUCUCUUAGCUCUUGUGUCCUAAAUCUCCAAUUCCAUGGAAAUAGAUUAGUUAAACUUUUCGUAUUUACCAAUUACAAAGUUUCACAAAUAUAUUUCGGCUUUCUCCAAAUAUUUAUAAUAUUUGUACAAAAUUGAAAUGAACGUGAUGUUCCUAUGCGCAUUAAUCUAUAAAAGAAUACGAAAAGUGAUAAUAUUCUUAUACGUUAAAGUUACAAGCUAUGCCAAUUUUCCUAAUGAAUCUUUACAAAAAGUCAUAGAUCUUGCUUGUUUGUCGAAUUGGAUCUGUAAUAUUGAUUAUUAAUAUUUUAUUUUUAUAAAACUACUCGUGCGAAGAAGAAGAAAGAAAUAUCCUACGAACAUUAUUAUUUUAUAUAUACUUAUACAUAUACGUAUGCAUAUAUUUUAUAUUUACAUAAUACGUGCAGGUAUAUUCUCUGUUUUAUAUAUAUAUAUAUAUAUAUAUACAUAUAGCAUUUACAUAAUAUGUACGUUUAUUAUGUAAAUGAAUUGUAAAAGAAGACAUAUAUUAUAACAAAUAAAAAUGGCCUUAAUAUA